CGCUUCAGACGGGGGCCUGGAUCAGACCUGGAUCAGACUCGCUUUUCUUGGGACAGAAACAAAGCGCGACAGAGCGAGGCUGAUAGCGGAUGCUGGCGAGCAACUUGCAGACACAGGUUUCCUAACUUCUGUUUGUGUGUGCGGAACUUGAAACAGAGCGAUCGAGAUGCGUGGCUUGUUUUCUACCAUCUUCCUGCUCCUAGUGGCCUUGAUGAUUAUCACUACGGAGGCUGGAAAAAACAAGAAAGAGAAAGGUAAAGGAUCGAAAGGGGCCUCCGACUGCACAGACUGGCGUUUUGGGAGCUGUGUGGCUAAUAAUGGGGAUUGCGGAAGUGGUUCGAGGGAGGGGACAUGCAAUGAACAGACCAAGAAGCUGAAGUGUAAAGUGCCCUGCAACUGGAAGAAGGAGUUUGGUGCUGACUGCAAGUACAAGUUUGAGAAAUGGGGUGAGUGUGACACUGCUUCAGGCAUUAAGAGUCGCUCUGGCACCCUAGUGAAGGCUCUCUAUGAUGCUGAGUGUCAGCCGGUCAUGAUGGCCACCAAACCCUGCUCAACCAAGAAUAAAGCCAAGUCCAAAGGAAAAAAAGGAAAGGGAAAAGGAAACUAGAAAAAAGGAGACAUCCAGCAAUGGAAAUGUGAUGACCAGCCCUCCAAACCACAGCUUUUCAAUAUUCUAGCCCACUGUCUCUCUCUUUCUCUCUCUGUUGAUAUGUCAUACACUAGACACCUUUCUUCUCCAUGCUGUAUUACAGUUCUAGAGCACAGGAAUGUGGCUACUGUGAUAUGAUUGACAGAUAUUGUAUGACAUCGUUGUUUCACAAGGGAGAAUGAAAUGCUGAUGUUUGGAGGAAAACAAUCCUUUGGCUUUUUGUAGAAGACAGAAAUAUUACUCUCUCUGUCAAAACCUCACAGUUCAUCUGACACAAGAACUGCUCACACACACACACACACACACACACACACACACACACACACACACACACACACACACACACACACACACACACACACACACACACACACACACACACACACACACACACACACACACACACACACACACACACACACACACACACACACUGAUUUUUCAUAUAAAUACUUUUUUUUUAAAAUAAAAUUGUGUGAUGAUGCAAUAGAGAGUUACCUGAAUAGUGGAGUGUAUGGCUCGUGUUUUAGAAAGUCUUACUGCUUUUUGUAGGAUCAUUAUCACUUAAAAUAAAAGAUAUUUUGCAGUUCUGU